GACACUGAUAAAAAUAUGUAUUUAUCAUUUAAGUAACAUGACUCACUUUUAAAUUAUUAUAAACUUUUAAACUGCAUCGUAAAUACGCGUGAGUCGCACAUAAAAAUGUUUUCGAGUUCUCCAAAUUAUACAAAAUUGAAAACCAAUUUACGAUUGGCAAUGACGCGGCUCAAACUAUUGGAGAAAAAGAAAUCAGAACUUACGGAAAAAACUAGACGGGAGAUUGCAGAAUUUUUAACCGCAGGAAAAGUAGAGAGGGCAAGAAUAAGAGUGGAAUAUAUUAUUAGAGAAGAUUAUUUAGUGGAAGCUCUUGAAAUUGUCGAAAUGUAUUGCGACCUAUUGGUAGCCCGGUUUGGACUCAUUUCCAACAUGAAGGAAUUAGAUGAAGGGAUCGCUGAGGCUGUAUCAAGUCUUAUUUGGGUUGCACCCCGGUUGCAAUCGGAUAUACAGGAAUUAAAGAUAAUAGCAGACUUGCUAUCAGCAAAAUAUGGCCCUAGUUAUGCAGAAGCUUGUCGUAUAGAAUCCGUUGAAAGUAUUAGCCCCAAAUUAAAGCACAAAAUGGCCAUUCAGGCACCUCCGAAAAUAUUAGUUGAAAAAUACCUUAUUGAGAUAGCAAAGUGUUUUAACAUUCCAUAUGAGCCCGAUCUUGAAGUUAUGGCCACUGAAAAAGGUACUGACGCUAUGCUUAUUGAUUUGUCAGAUGGUAAAAAUAAUUUGGGUGGCUCUGGGAUGCCGCAACCACCUGGAUUUGUGGGCUAUCCGCAACCUCCAGCUCUGCCAACCCUAAUGGAUCCGCCCAUUCCUUUUGCAUACCCCCCCCCACUAAACCCAAGCGGUAAAAACGAUGGAGCUUCUGCUCCACCCGCUUCAUUUUCUUACAAUAUCCCGCCCGGAGGCGAAAGAAAGGAAUCGAAUACAGAUUACUUGGACAAUAACUUGCCUACUUAUAGCAUGGUUUUUCCCGACGUUAAGAAGGACCCGUCCGGCGAAAACGCUGCGCAUGAUGACAAUUUGGAGGAUAUGUACGGUGGGGAGUCGCCCCGCGAAAAUAAUUUAGAGAAUUCCGACAGGCCCAAGCCGCAACCGAGAUCCAAAAUAAACAAUUACAAUUUCGAUUUGCCAGAUCUCCCUUCAGUUCCGAGUCAUUCUGCUGAUCCGCCCGCUUCCAAUUCGCAGGAUAGAGACGACGAUAUCGACUUCGACGAUUUAACAAAGAGGUUCAAUGAACUCAAGAAGAAAUAUUGAAUUGUGAUAGGUUUAAAUGGAAGAACAAAACCUUUAAAAAAAUUGUUAUAUUUUAUUCCACAUAAACUCAAGUUAACCUAUUUGUAUCUAUUUUAUCUGCCUCCAAGUAUAUGAAAAUCGCCCUGCCACUCUCAGGGCGACAUAAUUUGAUGUUAUUAUCAUAUAUGAUUGUUUAGGUUUUUGUAAUUAUAUUUAUUUAAUAAACGGAGUUUUUCCAGCUAACAAUUGUUUAUUAUUUAGAUGGGAGAUAUUGGAGAUUUUGUAUCUUGGAGUCCCUAUUUCGUCCACCCCCAGAAAAUGACGUUAACCCAAUGUUGGGUUAUCUAUCAAUUCGGGAGGAGGUUGGGUUACUUAGCUCACUACUGUGGGAUUCUUUUAUUUAAUUUAUUUUAUCUAAUUUUUUUUAAUGCAAAACGUCUUUAUAUGGAUGUGCUGCAUGCAUUGAAAAUACUUGCUACUAUAUGGGCUAUUUUAGGUUCCUUCAGGUUUCCCAAUAGUGAGUUUUCCACACAUAAUGCGUACGCCAAUUCUUUUUGGAUUUUAUCAAAGGUCACCUCCGUAGCUAGCUGUUCACUUGCCGGCUCAAUAAAAAUACGUAUGACGAAAAUGAUCUUGGGAUUAGUACAUUAGAACAUUUUUUUAAGAUUAAUAUGAUGACGCGAAGGGAAAUAUAUUUUUUUAUUUCUUUGCAAGAUACACCAUACAUUUUUCAUUUUUAAAUAAAGCAUAAAAAGUGCUCUUAAAUUGUAUAUCACAUGAAGCAUUUAUCAUUAUUAGGGUCACAAAAGCAAAAUUUGUCUUUUUUUAUUUGGUACGCCAUGAUCA